GUUGCUGCCUGCCGCGGCCCGCUCGCCCCCAGCACCUCGGAGCCCGGCUUCGUCGCCCCGUCGCGGGUGCCUUCCCUCCGGCCUCGGGAAUCUGACCCCCGCACCCCGACAACAACAAAACCCCCCCGUCUCGCCCAGUCACCGGGGAGGGGGGGAGCCAUGUCCCAGCGGGUGAGGCGCAAUGGGUCCCCCACACCGGCCGGUUCCCUCGGGGGUGGCACGGUCGCCACGGCCGGGGGACCCGGGAGCCGCCUGCAGCCCAUGAGGGCGACGGUUCCGUUCCAGCUGAAGCAGCAGCAGCAACAUGGCAGCCCCACGCGGAGCAACGGCGGCGGCGGCGGCGGCGGCAACAACAACGGCGGCGCCUCAGGCCCCUCAGGCGGCAGCGGCGGCGGUGGCGGCGGUGGCGGCGGCGGCGGGGCCCCGCGCACCGCCUCACGCAGCACCAGCCCCACGCGCGGCGGCGGGAGCACGGCCGCGCGCACCAGCCCCACGGUGGCCACGCAGACGGGCGCGUCCGCGACGUCCACCCGCGGCACCAGCCCCACGCGCGGCGCCGCGCCGGGGGCUCGUGGGAGCCCCCCACGACCGCAGCCCCCUCCGCCGCUGCUGGGGACCGUGUCGUCGCCGUCCUCGUCGCCCACCCACCUGUGGCCUGGCGAGGUGAGCGCGGCCCCACCCCCAGCCCGUGUCCGGCACCGGAGGAGGUCCCCGGAGCAGAGCCGCGGCUCCCCGGAGAAGAGGAGCCCGAGUGCCCCGGUUUGCAAAGCAGGUGACAAAACACGACCACCUUCAUCAAGCCCUUCUAGUAUUAUCCGACGCACUUCCUCCCUGGAUACACUUGCUGCUCCAUACCUUGCUGGACACUGGCCUCGUGAUAGUCACGGGCAAGCUGCACCUUGCAUGAGGGACAAAGCUACACAGACAGAGAGUGCUUGGGCUGAAGAAUACUGUGAAAAGAAGAAAGGCUCUCACAAGCGCUCAGCGUCCUGGGGCAGUACAGACCAACUAAAGGAGAUUGCCAAAUUACGUCAGCAGUUGCAGAGAAGUAAACACAGCAGUCGACAUCAUCGAGAUAAAGAAAGACAGUCUCCAUUCCAUGGCAACCAUGCAGCUAUUAACCAGAGUCAGGCUCCUGUUCCAAAGAGUGCACUUAUUCCAGUAAUUCCCAUCACCAAAUCAACAGGUUCCCGGUUCCGGAAUAGUGUGGAAGGAUUGAAUCAAGAGAUAGAAAUAAUAAUUAAAGAGACUGGGGAAAAGGAAGAACAACUUAUACCACAAGACAUUCCAGAUGGACACCGUGCCCCUCCGCCCCUGGCGCAGAGAAGUAGCAGCACUCGGAGUAUCGACACACAGACCCCCGGUGGGGCGGACAAGAGCAGCAACAACAGCAGCCGCUCCCAGUCCGUGUCCCCCACGUCAUUCCUCACCAUCUCCAACGAAGGCAGCGAGGAGAGUCCCUGCUCAGCUGAUGACCUGCUUGUUGAUCCCAGGGAUAAAGAGAAUGGGAACAACUCUCCUCUACCCAAAUAUGCAACCUCACCCAAACCUAACAACAGUUACAUGUUCAAAAGGGAACCUCCUGAGGGUUGUGAGAGAGUCAAAGUCUUUGAGGAAUGCUCGCCAAAGCAGCUUCACGAAAUCCCAGCCUUUUACUGUCCUGACAAAAACAAGGUGAAUUUCAUUCCUAAAAGCGGCUCUGCUUUCUGCCUCGUCAGCAUUCUCAAGCCGCUCCUCCCCACCGCAGAUCUCACGCUCAAGGGCUCGGGCCACAGCCUGACAGUCACCACUGGCAUGACAACCACUCUGCUCCAGCCCAUCGCUGUGGCCUCCCUGUCUACAAACACAGAACAAGACCGAGUCUCUCGAGGAACUAGCACAGUUCUCCCGUCAGCCCCUCUGCUGCCUCCACCAGAACCAAUCGAGGAAGCCGAAGGGUAGGUCCCCGUGCUGUGUGGCCAUUGUUCUGGGAAACUCCUGAUGGCACGGUGCGCUCCCGGUUGGCAGUGACAGGUGACAGUGAGGCUUCUGCAAGAAGCAGCAGCGCCUCCGGCGGCUCUGCCCCACCCACGAAGGCCAACCCUCAGUGCUUAGCCUGCUUUUUGACAAAGCACUGAUUCAUACAAGAAAGUCUCAUCCUUUACUUUUAGAGGGACAGUGUCACAUUGCUUUUUGUUUUCAAAUUAGACUUCUUUUAAAAAAAUAUAUAUAUAUAUAAACCCACAAAACCUGAUCUCUGUAAACAUGAUUCCUGAAGGGAGACGUGAAUGAUGCUGCAAGAACCAUCUUUUAUAUGAAAAUGACUAUUUUAUAAUACCAAUGUUACAUUUUCUGAAACGUAGCAAACAAGACAUUCUAAAGAUUCUUUGGUGGCCUCUGUUUCUUGUUUCCCUUUCUACAUGUGUGCUUUCCUCAGCUGUCUCUCAAUUUGGGGACCAAGGGGGACUGUUGACAUUUUCCCAGCAAUUUAAUCUCAUGACUGUGUUCUUUUCCCAAACAAGAAUUGAUAGGUAAAUGCAUUGAACAAGUAUAUAUAAAGAGACAAAAGCAAUAUUAUGUGAUUUAUGUUUUUUGAUGUCAAAAGUUUGUGCUUUGGGUGAAAUAUUUGUAACACUGCUGUUUUCUUCACGACUCCUGUACACAUUUCACUAUGUGGUCAGAAAAAUUAUAGUCUGAAGACAAAUGCUUUAAUAAGUUCUCACCCAUUUUGGAAUUGGCUUCAAGUCAAUGAGCCAAAAGGAAACUCUCUAGUGUUGAUUGCUAGCUGGGAGUAAGGAGCCCUUUGGUUUUCUGGGAAGCAGGUCACUCGACUGCCUACCUUUGCCACAGGUAGCGUUCGACCUUUCAUCCUCGCUGUAUCAUAGCCCCACGAGAUCCUGACGUGGCUGUGCAUGGAUUUGCUCCUUUGCUUUUGUGAUGUUGUUGUCUUGUGGAUACGGUCAGGUUUAGUAGUUUGCCAGGAGUGUGAUCCACUGAAUAGUGAUCCAUAGCCAGAGAACCUUGAAACUGACUUUUUCUUUAUGGUGACUGGCACCAAGAUUUCUUGCCUCCAGGUUUUGCUAGUUUCCUGUCCAUUCCGUACAGUGGGGAAAACAAAGAGCUUUAGAGUACAAACAACAGGCACCUUUGAAAAACCCAUACAGUUUUGGAUUUGGACUCAUCCUAGUGCAAAUCACUGCCAUUAUCACGUGACAGCAGUAUUUGUUUCUGGGUAGGAGGUAGUGAAAUUGAAGAGCAUGUCUUCUAAAAAAACAGUGUUGACUUAAAAAGACAUACUUUUAAUAUCUUCAUACGCUACUCUAUGAUGCAGUAACUUACUAUUUACAUAGUAAGCAGAAAAAUAUGUUAAGUCCUUAAAAAGGGAUAUGUUUUGAAGGUUAAUAUGUCAACUUGUCCAGAAGUAUUCCAUCAAGGAAAAUCUAAUGGAAGCAAUAAAUCUUGAAAGGACUUCUUCAUUUAUGCACCUUGAAAACAUCUCACUAAUUUUAAAUAUGUCCUGUGAAAUUUAAAAUUGGAGAUGUACUUAGGUAAAUCAGAUAAAUUCAAAUAUUCUGAAUCCAUCAGGUUUUAGUUGGUAGGACUGAUGAAUUUUUGUACUUUUUCCAUCCAAAACUAAUUUACUGGAACAAGUAUAGCAUAGCUUCUAAACCAAUAAAAGCUCAGAUAUUUGGAUCUGAAGUUUCUGAUUGGUUGCUUUUUGGAGAACCUUGAUUCUUCACCGUCUUUGCCAUGCCUUUGGAUAUUACCAUUUCACCUUGGUUUCGCCUCUAUUAGACGGACUGAAGAGAAGGUGACACUGAAAUCCGUGAGUUGAUGUGAAUGGACGAGAAGGCAGCCGAGAGCCAGUUUUGUUCUGAUUACUUGAAUUCUGUUGAAUCUGUGUCGUUUUCUUGGCCUCAGGUUUUUCUUUCCUCCUCUGUCUGCAUCCCCCUCUAGUCACAAGGGUGUUUACAGCUGGACUGCUGCUUUGUAAACAGGUUUCCCCUUUUGUUCUGCUGUUCGCAUUUGUCAAAUUCACAUCCUUAAGGUAAAGCAAUUUAAAAUGAGGAUGGAAGAAAGAAAAGUUGUAGAUUGAUCACUUACAGUCUUACAGUCUGCUAUGUGGUUGUAAGACCUGAAUUUGCAGGUAAAUGAAUCGUAUGGCAACCAAACAUAUCCUAUGGGUUUGGGAGAAAUAGAGCCUGAGAUUUGGAAAAAAGAAAAAAGGUACAAGGUACAAAACAACCCUGCAAGUGCCAAAGGGCUAAGUUUGAAGCACAUGAGCUUUAUCACAGCCUUGAAAAAUCCUAACCAUUGAUCCAGUCAGCUGCUUCAUUUAACCCUGAAAUACCAGGUGUUUUUUUUUUUAAAUGGGUAUACUCUCAAUAGAGUACAUAAUAUUUUCUAAAAUUAUACUCCAUAAGUAUUGUGUUACUCUGUAGAAAAUUGUAUAGGAGAUAAAUAGAAUGGCUUCAGUGGGAAUAUAAUUUAAUUUUUUUAAAUUUUAAAUUUACUUUCAUCACAGUUUAAAAAAAAUGGUGGCAUAUAUCAUUUGGCAAAAGGAGCUAUUCUCUGGUUAUUCACUUUGUCACUUUCACCCUUAAAACAGUUUUCCUUGUGAUGAUAAAGCUUAAAUAGAUUUACUAUUUGUGAUCAUGAGUAAGUCUAUUACUUGUCAUGGCUUUUUGUGAACAAUUAUGUUCUUUAAAAUAUGUUUUGCCUCUUUAGUUAAAUAUGAGCACAGACGCAAAAUUAUUUUUUGGUUAAACUCCUCAUUUUAUUUAAAAUGUUUAUGACUGCAGACCAAAUCAGUCUAUUAGAAGGUGCUGUUGCUAACUGUGGAGUAUCUGGCAACAUGAAAAGCUUUUUUCUCCCCCAUUAUAAUUUUUGGUGGUUGGCUUUCACUAGAAGGGAUAAAAAGUGGCAGAAUUUAUAGCCUAUUCUAUGUCCAAAAUUAGGACUGGUUUGUCAAGAUUUUGUACUGUUAAGGAUAAUAAAAGUUGCCACUAGUAAGCUUACUAUUCUAAAACUAAAAUUCAUUCCUUAAUGCUUGAAAUUUUGAUGUCUCAAAACCGGACCAGGAGAAGUGCUGAAUUUGCAGAUAAAGCUAAGAAUACUCAACACUGCACUUUAAGGUUGAAGUUUUACUCUGCCUAAAUUAAUGAUAAGCAGAGCAGCCCUGAACAUUUUGUUUAUACAAUCCUGAAUAUAAUUUAUGUCUUUUUAAACUGCAUGUUUCAUCUCUGUUGAAGCUGUGUAAAUCUUUUUAAAAUGCAAUUUUUUUAAAUUUUGUUUUUCUAACAAAAUUCUCCCAAAAAACAGCAUUUCUGAUGGUGAUAGAUAUUGUUACUAUGUACUUAUGUAUUCCUUGUAUCUGAACACUUGUUGCUGCCUCACAAGAAAAUAGAACUUUUAUGUUAAAAAUAAAGUCUGUUCUUGGGUUUUU